UAUAUUUGACACUGACAAUUAACGUCGAGAUCUUUACGUGUUUAAGUGUCCCCGAACAUUCCAAGUAAUUAAUUAAAAUAAUACUAUAAUCAUGGCUCCAUCUACAGACUGGGACGAAAUUAAGCGCUUAGCUGCCGACUUUCAAAAAGCUCAGCUGAGUUCCACCGCACAAAGAUUAUCCGAAAGAAAUUGUGUGGAAAUUGUCACAAAACUGAUAGAGCUCAAACUUAUUGAUGUUAUAUUUACCACAGAUGGUAAAGAAUACUUGACAUCUCAGCAAUUGAUUCGAGAAAUUAAAGAUGAAUUGUAUGUCCAUGGUGGAAGGAUCAACACGGUUGACCUUGCUAAAGAUUUGAAUGUGGACCUCAACCAGAUUAAUACUUGCGUUGCUGAAAUUAUCAGAGGAAAGGAAGUUCAGCUUGUAUCGGGUUAUUUAAUUGCUCAUUAUUAUCUAGAGAAAAUUGCCCGAGAAAUCAAUGAAAAGUUGCAGCUUCAAGGUCAAAUAUCUGUUGGGGAAUUAACACUACAAUAUGAUUUACCAGCAGAACUAUUGCAACACAAUGUUCUGGAAAAAUAUUUGGGUAAAAUUAUAAUUGGAAAACAAGAUCCACAUGAACCUAGAACUUUCUAUACGGAAGAAUAUAUUCAGAGAACGAAGGCCAAGAUCCGUGGAGCAUUGACUGGCCUCCUUAAGCCAACCCCUGUUGCUGUUGUGAUCAACCAUUGCAAUAUGGCUGAUCGUUUGUUCAUGACUCUAUUUGACCAGCUAAAUGCUCCUGGAGUUUUAACUGGAAGACAAGCCGGUGCUCUGUAUGUACCAUCUUGCUACACAAAAUCACAAAAUGAUUGGGUGAUGAGUUUUUAUAAACAAAACAAUUACCUUGAAUAUGAUGCACUCUCUCGUUUGGGUAUAUCUGAUCCAAAAGGUUAUGUUAGGAGAACAUUACCCAAUGAAGACCUUACUUUCCUGAGUAGCUGCGUUAUUGGGCCUCAAAUAAAACAACAACUGGAAACUGCUUUAGAAGAAUGCAUUCUGUCUAAAAGUUAUUUGGAUAUUGUGUCACUGUUGCCAUCAAUUUUAUCUGAUACUGAUAUUGAAAAUGUUCUUGAUUCACUAUUGAAAAAUAAUGCUAAAUCUACAAUUUUGUUUGCAAACACAGUUUUCAGCAACCACUAUAUUGAAAAUUUGAAACAACUGUGUAUGUCAAUGACACAGAGUAAAGCUGAAGCACUUGUAAAAUCUGGAAAAUAUCAGCAAUUUCAGUUGGAGAGACAGUUGUCUAGAACAUCUGAUUCAACACAAUCAUCACAUGUAGAUCAUAAGGCUGAAAGACGCGAGGAAAGGAGAAGAAAAGCUGCUUCAGGGAAAGCUGGUGGUGGAUCUCAGGGUCGAGAAACUAAAACUAAAGCAGUAAAAAAACAUGCUAGGGGAAAACAAGCAGCCCAUGAUUCUGACUCUGAUGAAGCACCGAGUACAAUUAAAAAGGCCCCAACUACAUUGGAAAUCAUUUCUGUUGAUAACAUUGAAACCAUCAUUAAGAGACCCUUGGAAAAUGAGGGCUUGGAUGAUUUGAUUACUCCAAUUGCUGAAUAUCUGCAAAGGAGCCUCAACCAGACUGCAUUAAAUAUUGCUAAAGAAACAGCUGACAAAUUACUUCAAGAUGCCAACCAGAACAAAAAGCAAACUCAUUCUUCUGCCCAAGAUAGGAUUAAUAUUUUGGUUAAUGAUAUGAAGCUUUACGAAAAAGGCUUGAAAACAUUCCCAGCAGAUCAACAACCACAGUUUACCAAAUAUCUUCUCAAAACUUUGGGAGGUGAUAUUUUGUCCGAGUUUUGCAAAUAUGCUGCUAAUCAAUGCAAUCUUUCUGUACAAGUUGAUGUUUUGACUGUAGAGCAGAGAAACAAGAUAAUAAAUGAUCUUACAGAGGAGUAUAUGAAACCACUGAAGGCUUUAAAUGCAACUCUCUCUGAGCAUAAUUUGGACUUGUUCUAUCAAGCUGUUGAUGUGUCUUUGUCAGAAUGUGGAAUGAUCCUGAAAAAAGUGGACAAGAAAAAAGACAAGCUCCUAAUUCAGAACCAUAGAGAAAAAUUGAUAUCAGAGCUUGAAAUAUGUGAUGAUCCAGCAUUAGUUUUACACUUAGCAGUACUAGCGAUAUACACAAUUAUAACUCAAAACAUGCUUCAUGCUUCAGGCAGGCAGGUGCCUGUUAUCAUUUCUUACUUAAAAGGACAACUGAAAGAAGAGGACUUCGAAAAAUUACAAAAAUAUCAUGAACUUGUUACGAAGUUUUUAACAGCGUCCGAAGAAGAUAAACCUGCAUUAGAAGAAAACUUGAAAGAUGAUAUACCUAGCAUGAAGAAAAUCGUGCAAGAUGUCAAAAAGUAUAAAUAAGAAGUUCCCUAUUGACGCCCAGUGGAGUGUCUUGAGAAAUUGUGUCGUAGUGGACUGAAUAUACGUACGCUAAUUGUUUAUAAGUCUUAGAAAAAACAUAAUACAUUUAUUUUAUUAUUUUGUUUCAGUAUGAGAGCUUUUAUUUUUCUGAAUUAAUAAAGGGGAUUGACAUUUC